AUGGCGGAGGAGCAAAUUGAUCGAAUAUCGCAACUGCCUGAUGACAUAUUGAGAAGUAUCUUGAGUUUACUUCCCACCAGGGACCUUGCUCGAACCAAUUUGGUGUCAAAGGCAUGGCGAAAGCUAUUUGCUUUUUCCUCUCUCCCAGUUUUGAUGUUCCAGUCUCCGGAUUUUCUCGCUGCACCUCGCAAAGACACUGAUGUCUCCUCCUUUAUCAAUGCCAUCGAUUCCUACCUAAAACUCCGUCAGAAAGACGCAAGUCUUGAGAAACUCCGGCUCCAUGUGCAUCUCAAUGACGUCAAAUCGCUGUUAGACUCGUGGAUCGACGCGGCACUUGAGAGGAAGGUGAAGGAGCUGGAUCUAUAUAUACUACCCAGGGGAAGGGAGAGAAGAAAUCCUUAUAGCUUGCCGGCUAAAAUUUUUGCUGCCACAACAAUUACUGUUCUCAGUUUACAGCGUGUCAUAAUGGAAAUCUAUGGUGAUAUAGAUCUUCCGGCGCUACGAAAGUUGCAUUUAGGAGAAAUCCAGUGUGAUGAACAACCAAUUCAGAAACUGAUAUCAAGUUGCCCUUUGAUCGAUUGUUUGCGCAUCGAAUCUUGCCACGGGUUGCAAAAGCUUCAUGUUUCGGGGCUUGCUAAUCUACGUAGGCUGGGAGUACUUUGGUGUUAUGAAUUGAAAAGGAUUGAAAUCAAUGCGCCAAGCCUUCAAUAUCUCAUGUAUCAACAAGGAAGACGCCCGUGUGACGUUGUCUUGAGGGCCUCUGAAUUUCUCAGAGAGUUAACAUUUUGGGACUCAACCAUAACAGGGGAUUUGUUCCAAAAUCUUGUCUCUCGACUUCCGAGUCUUGAGGGAUUGGGGAUAAGGUGCACUAAAUUGCAAAGGAUUGAGAUUUCGGAUCAUCAGCUCAAGCGAUUAGACCUAAGUCUAACUGAAAAGCAGAGCAAGGCGAAACUCAAGAUUGAUACCCCAAAUCUCCAGUCAUUCAAGUAUGAUGGCCAUAGAAUGCCUUUAGCCUCUCUCAUAUCAUCUAUGAACACUUCUUCUCUACAGGAAGCUCAGAUUCAUUUUCUCGGCUCUGAUAAUUAUAGCCAUCUCUUCAUCCCUCAAUUGAAAGAAUUUUUUGAAAAAUUGAAGCAUUGUCAAGUUAUAAAACUACUCAUAAAAUCCAAACGGGAGCUCAUUCUUCCCAGAAAGCUGAGGCCAAUUUUAUCUCCCCCUGUUUAUGAUAUCAAGCAUCUAAACAUAACAGUAAGUCACUGCUGUAGAAACCACCGGUACAUCAUAGAUCGCUUGCUUUGGAUGUGUCACCCUCAAACUUUAUCCAUUUCAUCAGGGACCAACCCCAAGUUUGUAAAGAUCUUGUAUAACAAGUUCAACAACAAAGAAGAGCACCCCAAGUGUUGCACAUCUUGUCCCAUCAAAUGUUGGAGGCAUUAUUUGGAAGAUGUUCAAAUUGAUGGUGAUGAAAGCAGAUUGGAAAUUGACAGAAUUAUUGCGAUGCCAAAGCCAUCUAUGUAUACGCAUAGUGAUGUUAGGUUUAGAUUAAAAUGGAGAUCUCAACUACUAUAG